CUCGUCUCCUCAACACCAGCAGCAGCUGCGUAUGAUGCAGGCGUUGGCUCAGCAGAAGCAGCAGCAGCAGCAACAACAACAGCAGCAACAACAGCUACAGCAACAACAGCAGCAGCAGCAGCAGCUUGCGCAGGAUAUGCAGGCUCCCAUGAUGCUCCCGCAACAAUCUGUACCCGCAAUGUCCCCGCAGCAGCACUCCCCGAUCCAGAUGAUGCAGCAGCAACUACCCCGCCAGUCGCCAGCUUCAGGGUCAUCUACUCCCGUAGCGGCUCAGAAAAUGCUGCCUCCCAUGGCGGGCCAGCAUGUCUCGCCUGCAAUUUCAAACGCAGGCUUGCCUGGCACGCCUCAGAGUCCGCGCCAGCGAAGCAGAAGUAGGCCUGGUCGGCAGUCGAUCCCGCCUACGCCCCAGCAGGUUGUUGCCACGACACCGCUUCCUAUGCAGCAGCCGCCUCAGCAGCCGCCUAAUCAGAGAAUGAUGGGCGCAUCGCCAGGUAUAGCGCAGCCACUGCCGCCAACUAUUGCCGACCCUGCUGCUGCGGCGGCUGUCGCUGUCGUCCCUCCUCCCGAACCAGCAGCUCCUAAAGACGGCGUGAUUCGGUAUGUGCCCAAGACACGCCGGCUUGAUUUGCAUGGUGGGUUCAACGUGAGCAUUCUUGCUGGUCUGGGUGACGAGAUUGAGAAUGUGCGCGGGAGUUAUCCGCUGCUGCAGGAGCUGGGCGAGAUUUCGCUGCACGCGCUCACGAUGUCUCUGCGCAGUCUUAUCCCAGGAGAGGUGAAGGUCAGUCUGGAUUCGUUGCUGCUAAUCACUCGCGAGCAGCAUAUCUUGAUUCCUGUAGCGGAAUGUGAGGAUUUGAUUGACGCUCUGCUUGACUGCGGCGAGGAUUGUAUCGCGAAGAUUGCAGAGCUGGAUAUCGGGCUUCCCCCCACGCCGCCUGCGGACGAGGCUAAGGCGAGGGAGCCAGAGUUUGAUACAUAUGAAGCCAUGACUGCGGCGACGCGCGAAGAGUUUGAUGGGUUUGCUGCGCCUUUGCACGCGGGAACCGCGAGACAGAAACUGCAGGUGCAGUGCGACAGGCUUGCGUCGGUGACUACAAUCAUCCGCAAUGUGUCUUUCUACGAAUUGAACCAGCCGUUUCUCGCGCUGUACCCUCCCGUCUACCGAUUCAUGUUUGGACUUGUGCGCGUGCUCGGCAACGAGGGCGCGCUGACGCAAAAGUUGACGGCGGGUCUGCGUCUUGCGCUGAUUAAGGACUGCAUUGUUAUUUUGUCGAAUAUCGCGCACGAGAUCAGGCUCGCUGGUUUGGAGGAUGCAAAGUGGUUGCUCGCGCUGGUGACUAGUUUUAUUCCGGGUCUUGAGAACCGGUACCCGCUUGCCGACGAAGAAGAUAAGAACGCGACGACGUGGCCGGCUUACGUACCGCUGAAGCACAGAUACCUUGCGCUUGCGGUCGAUAUUCUUGCGAAAUUGCUUGCGCGCGAACGACCGAAUCUGGAGUUGCUGAAGCGGGCGCUGAUCCCGAUGCGACCGCAGGAGGCGGAGAUGUGUGCGCAAAACAUGGGCAAGUCGCUGUUUUUGUGCAUGUGUACGUUCCCGCGAUUGACAGACAGUCAGUUGCUGCCGCGGGCGUUUGAAGUGCGGCGACCGGUGCUGGAGCAGAGCAUGUUUGCUGCGGAGUUGCUUGCGAAGGUGGCGUUGGAGAACGACAACAUCACGGCGCCGGAGCUAGAGAAGGUGCUGAAGGACGUGUUGGCGGCGGUGGAUGUGUGCGUGAAGCCGUUCCUUUUGCGGGCGGCGCGGGUGUUGCAGGGAUUUGUGACUGCGCAGCCGCCGCGGGGGACGCAGCAGAAUCCGGCGGCGGCAGCGGCGGCGGCGUUGCAGAUGAGUGGGAAUGAUGUGAAUCCGUUUGCGAGGGUGGUGAGGAAGGGGACGAGUGUGGUGAAGAUGCUGCGGCAGCGGUGUGAGGGAGUGGAAGCGGCUGCGAGCGCGGAUGUUGAUUUGGAGGUGUUGGUGUUGAGGAUGUAAGAGUAUUGAUAGAG